AUGUCUCAGCCGAUACGUUGCCGCAUUGAGAUAGCCCAUAACGAGACCCGCCCAGCGAAAGCCAUCGGUUGCUUUUGGCUGAUCAUCACUUCGUACCCGCCGGGUACACAAGGCGUUGAUAGUGCCGCGCCAAUGUACAACUCUGGCUGGGCAAAACUGGACAAGUACUAUCGCCUUACGGACGAAUCCCCAGCCUAUGUUGCAGCUAUUGUGCUCCACCCGUCGUAUGAAUGGCAUUAUAUACAUGAGAAUUGGAAGAGGGAGUGGGUGGCACCAUCGAAGACGUUGGUUGCGGCGCUUUGGGAUGAAUAUAAACCUGUGGAGACACUUCCAUUAUCUGAGCCAGAACCGAUGGCUACAAACGAGUUCUUACAAUGGAGGAACAAGCAUCUACAGCCGGCACCUAUGACAGACGAGUACGAGCACUAUUGCAAGUCUGAGCGGGUCUAUAAAUUCACAGGCGCUCUUACAUGGUGGCUAGAGGAAACACAGCAAAAGACGUAUCCAAAUUUGAGUAAAAUGGCAGUGGAUAUACUGUCGAUUCCUGCCAUGUCGGCGGAGCCUGAGAGACUCUUUUCGGGGACAAGAAUAACCAUUACCGAUCGUCGAAAUCGGAUGGGCAGUGAUGUAAUUGAAGCAACAGAGUGCUUAAAAUCAUGGUUCGGGAUACGGGACUUUGAAGGCAUGAUGUCAAGCGAGGGCAGACAUCGACGCGAGCGGCUUCUGCCAAGGCAAAACCCAAAGUCCGAGGUCCUGGCAGGAAACAGAAACCGCCGGUCCCCGAUUUCAACGACGAAAGAUGCUAAUAUCUUCGAGCCUCUUCGAAGGGAGAUUUCUGAGUACACUUUAGUAAAUGGCCUCCAGGAUGCCUGGCGAGUGGUGGACGCCCUGCGAUGGCCAGACCCUGACGUCGCGAAGCUAGACAAGUCUCUCUCGAGGGUUCAGCGGCUGCAGUGGCAGUUACAGCGCUGUGAUACACUGGAAAUAAAAGAUUAUAGCUUGCCGACUUUGACGGUGAUCCAGCGACGUUUCUAUAUGGUUCAGUUGAUGGCCGAAUACCGGAACGCGACUAGAGAAGUACACAAUGGAGACGGAAGUGGCGUGAUCGAAACGUUUGCAAGAGAAAUGUUCCCUGAGCUGGGCUCGCAACAACGACAAAAAAGAUGGGACUAUUUUCAACAAACAGCAGAACCCCUCUUUCAAGCGGUGGAACGAUACGGUUACGGCGUUCUCAUCUUCCCGUUACGUAACGUGACGAUGAAAAGGACGAGGCGCUUGUUCAAGAGGAGGGAAGCGGUACUGUUUGUAACUUCUGCCACAACUGCAUUUACCUGCCCUGUGCUGACAGAUAGCUAA